AUUUGUCAUAGGUUUUUCUUUUUAUUUGAACCAAUCACUUACAAGAUGAUCAAACUUGAAUCAUAACCGUCCACGUCAGACAAACGAGUCAACCAAAACCUAUGACAAACACGAAACAUCGUAAUCUGGUUCACAACAUAGUCCUGCCCCUUACUUUCUUAAUUUGUACAAAACAAAAAUAUAUUAUCCAGAUAAUCCUCUUUUUGUGUUUUUCUUUCUCUCUACAGUUUCCAACAAAAAGAACAUGAAAUAAAAAGAAUUUUGGAUAAGGCUUCUCCCUCUUCAUUUAUUCGGUUCAAUAUCUCUGUGUUAUCAACAAUGGCGGAAAUAUCGACUGCCCAUCUGCACUUCACCAGAUAUUAAUACCCCCUGCUUUUAUACUCUCUUACUUUCUCUGCUCUUUUCGUUCCCUAACACGAUGUCUCUUGUUUUUGAAAGGAAUGGUUGUAGUAAUUCAAUCAGAGGGUUUAUCCACGGGAUGCAGUGUAUCUCGGUCUAUGAUUCGCAGGAGGAGAAAAGCGAGGAUCGGAGGAGGUUGUUGUCGGCGGAGGGGAGAGAAGAGGAUGAUUUGGGGUCUUGUAGUUCGUCGUCGAUCGGAAGGAAUAGUGAUGUUUCCUGUGAAUCAUCUUCGGACGGUGAAGAUUCAACGGAGGCUGAAGUGCAAAGCGAGCUUAAAGGACCUUUGGAUACCAUGGAUGCUCUAGAGGAGGUUUUGCCUAUGAGAAGAGGCAUAUCCAAGUUUUAUAAUGGCAAAUCAAAGUCUUUCACAAGUCUAGCUGAUGCGGCUGCUGCUGCCUCUGUUAAAGAUUUCGCAAAGCCAGACAAUCCCUAUAAUAGGAAACGCAAGAACUUAUUGUCUCAUAGUUUUUUGUUGGACAAGAAUCGCAAUCAUCCUGUGAGAAACGGUGGAAGUGAGAUAUCUAAGAGACUAGCUAACUCCAGUCGAAACACAGUGGCUCUUGGAGCUACUAUGAGUAGCUCUGCCUCUGACUGCAACUCAAUCUCAUCGUCGUCGUCUAGCUGUCCUCCUCCUCUGCAUCCACAGUGUAAAAAAUCAACUACCAUCAGAUCAUCAUCAGCGACUGCUUUAACAAACUCUCCUUGCCGGUCUUUUUCCUUGUCUGAUCGACAGUUUGUUGUUGCUGCAACUGGUAACAUAGCUGGUUUGGCUGUUCAUAGUGGCAACAAGGACGACAAAUCUAACUGAUGUCUGGCUUUCAAAAUUAUGAAACUGGAAGUUGCCAAAAUGUUUAUGGCAUUCUUGGAGACUGGCAGUUGCCACUUCCUGCUUUGAUCUAAUGCUUGUACUUGUAGGGUUAGCUAUACCAUGUACAUGCAUUUUGAGAAGUAAUUCCCAGUGUACUAAUCUCAUGUUUGCAUUUAGUUAGAUUAUGAUGAGAAUGCUUUAUUGUAUAAUUCGAGAAGUAAAAUACAUUCUCUUUCUAAGCAGCAUAUGUUGGCCUUUUUCUCAUUUCUCAGCGAUACUGGAGUCACUAUUUACAUGUAAUUGCAGCACGGUUUUUCCUUUUUCUCCUAUCUACCCUCUUCACCAUUGUUUGUAUUAUUUUUCUUGCUGUAUCGAGGAUGAUGGUUAUAGUGGCUUAGGAUCCUCAGGCCAUCCUUAUGGUUCUUGAUUUUUGCCGAUUCCUGUGGGUAAUAGUGGAAUUUGGUAAAUAGCUCACCAGCAUGGAAGAGAUCCCAUUUGCUAAUUCUGCUCUUUAUGCUAAUGCAAUGGAACUUGCGAAAGACAUUAAGUUGCAGACAAUUUGAAAUGAGAAAUAAACCUUAGAAAUGUUUUCGACUUUCCUUUUGUUAUUUUGGAAGAGCGGUCUACCUCUGUACUAUUAGGGAAAGUUCUGGAGCAGUUCAAUCUUGUUUCCUGGGUUUACAUCAAAAUUAUAGGUAUUGAAAGUCAGAUGAUGGUUGCGGCGGCAUGUUCAAAUGUCCGUGUGCAUUUAUGUACACGCACAUGUGGAUGCAUGCACGGACCAAUGUGAGAGUGUUGACAGAAGGAACAAUCUUAUUGCUAAAAACUCAUGUUUUAUGUUUACAGAUCUUGUGAUUCCUGAACAAGGGAGAUACAUAACUGAUCAGCCUUAGUGAAAACAUAUUGAACAAGCAUUAAUGCACUCACCAAGUAGUCAUAUGGCACUCAAAACAACAAAAUUGAUGUUAUAAUGGAUUCAUAAUAACGUCAAAUUAUCUGAACUCGGGUUUAGUCCAUUUGAUUUAUAAAAUCACCUUUAAAAAUAGCAUCCCGCAAGUUCGUAAUUCAAAUCUUAACACUUGUGUUUCCUUAUCCACAGAUACUGCCUCUUUGUAACCAAAAAAAAAAAUCAAAAAGCGAUAUCAAUUGAUGACAGAAGGCUUGUUUAGUGGAGUGUGGACAAUAAUCGCUUGAGUAAAGUAGCAUGUUUACUUGAAUUUAUCUGAAAAAUGAAUGAAGUUUACCAUUUUGUGUCAUAUUUACGGAAAACCCAGUUCUUUUAAUUUCAUUUAGAAACAGAGAAUAUCAAAUUUGAGUAUUGAUUAACAGACUUCGUUAUUAACCCUCAAGUAGUUUAAGU